GCCAGCACCCUCCCUCAAGGAGGAGGUGCUGCGAGUGAGAGGCCAGCACCCUCCCUCAAGGAGGAGGUGCUGCGAGUGAGAGGCCAGCACCCUCCCUCAAGGAGGAGGUGCUGCGACACCCUCCCUCAAGGAGGAGGUGCUGCGAGUGAGAGGCCAGCACCCUCCCUCAAGGAGGAGGUGCUGCGAGUGAGAGGCCAGCACCCUCCCUCAAGGAGGAGGUGCUGCGACACCCUCCCUCAAGGAGGAGGUGCUGCGAGUGAGAGGCCAGCACCCUCCCUCAAGGAGGAGGUGCUGCGAGUGAGAGGCCAGCACCCUCCCUCAAGGAGGAGGUGCUGCGACACCCUCCCUCAAGGAGGAGGUGCUGCGAGUGAGAGGCCAGCACCCUCCCUCAAGGAGGAGGUGCUGCGAGUGAGAGGCCAGCACCCUCCCUCAAGGAGGAGGUGCUGCGACACCCUCCCUCAAGGAGGAGGUGCUGCGAGUGAGAGGCCAGCACCCUCCCUCAAGGAGGAGGUGCUGCGAGUGAGAGGCCAGCACCCUCCCUCAAGGAGGAGGUGCUGCGACACCCUCCCUCAAGGAGGAGGUGCUGCGAGUGAGAGGCCAGCACCCUCCCUCAAGGAGGAGGUGCUGCGAGUGAGAGGCCAGCACCCUCCCUCAAGGAGGAGGUGCUGCGACACCCUCCCUCAAGGAGGAGGUGCUGCGAGUGAGAGGCCAGCACCCUCCCUCAAGGAGGAGGUGCUGCGAGUGAGAGGCCAGCACCCUCCCUCAAGGAGGAGGUGCUGCGACACCCUCCCUCAAGGAGGAGGUGCUGCGAGUGAGAGGCCAGCACCCUCCCCCAAGGAGGAGGUGCUGCGAGUGAGAGGCCAGCACCCUCCCUCAAGGAGGAGGUGCUGCGACACCCUCCCUCAAGGAGGAGGUGCUGCGAGUGAGAGGCCAGCACCCUCCCUCAAGGAGGAGGUGCUGCGAGUGAGAGGCCAGCACCCUCCCUCAAGGAGGAGGUGCUGCGACACCCUCCCUCAAGGAGGAGGUGCUGCGAGUGAGAGGCCAGCACCCUCCCUCAAGGAGGAGGCGCUGCGAGUGAGAGGCCAGCACCCUCCCUCAAGGAGGAGGCGCUGCGACACCCUCCCUCAAGGAGGAGGUGCUGCGAGUGAGAGGCCAGCACCCUCCCUCAAGGAGGAGGUGCUGCGAGUGAGAGGCCAGCACCCUCCCUCAAGGAGGAGGUGCUGCGACACCCUCCCUCAAGGAGGAGGUGCUGCGAGUGAGAGGCCAGCACCCUCCCUCAAGGAGGAGGUGCUGCGAGUGAGAGGCCAGCACCCUCCCUCAAGGAGGAGGUGCUGCGACACCCUCCCUCAAGGAGGAGGUGCUGCGAGUGAGAGGCCAGCACCCUCCCUCAAGGAGGAGGUGCUGCGAGUGAGAGGCCAGCACCCUCCCUCAAGGAGGAGGUGCUGCGACACCCUCCCUCAAGGAGGAGGUGCUGCGAGUGAGAGGCCAGCACCCUCCCUCAAGGAGGAGGUGCUGCGAGUGAGAGGCCAGCACCCUCCCUCAAGGAGGAGGUGCUGCGACACCCUCCCUCAAGGAGGAGGUGCUGCGAGUGAGAGGCCAGCACCCUCCCUCAAGGAGGAGGUGCUGCGAGUGAGAGGCCUGCACCCUCCCUCAAGGAGGAGCACCCUCCCUCAAGGAGGAGGUGCUGCGAGUGAGAGGCCAGCACCCUCCCUCAAGGAGGAGGUGCUGCGAGUGAGAGGCCAGCACCCUCCCUCAAGGAGGAGGUGCUGCGACACCCUCCCUCAAGGAGGAGGUGCUGCGAGUGAGAGGCCAGCACCCUCCCUCAAGGAGGAGGUGCUGCGAGUGAGAGGCCAGCACCCUCCCUCAAGGAGGAGGUGCUGCGACACCCUCCCUCAAGGAGGAGGUGCUGCGAGUGAGAGGCCAGCACCCUCCCUCAAGGAGGAGGUGCUGCGAGUGAGAGGCCAGCACCCUCCCUCAAGGAGGAGGUGCUGCGACACCCUCCCUCAAGGAGGAGGUGCUGCGAGUGAGAGGCCAGCACCCUCCCUCAAGGAGGAGGUGCUGCGAGUGAGAGGCCAGCACCCUCCCUCAAGGAGGAGGUGCUGCGACACCCUCCCUCAAGGAGGAGGUGCUGCGAGUGAGAGGCCAGCACCCUCCCUCAAGGAGGAGGUGCUGCGAGUGAGAGGCCAGCACCCUCCCUCAAGGAGGAGGUGCUGCGACACCCUCCCUCAAGGAGGAGGUGCUGCGAGUGAGAGGCCAGCACCCUCCCUCAAGGAGGAGGUGCUGCGAGUGAGAGGCCAGCACCCUCCCUCAAGGAGGAGGUGCUGCGACACCCUCCCUCAAGGAGGAGGUGCUGCGAGUGAGAGGCCAGCACCCUCCCUCAAGGAGGAGGUGCUGCGAGUGAGAGGCCAGCACCCUCCCUCAAGGAGGAGGUGCUGCGACACCCUCCCUCAAGGAGGAGGUGCUGCGAGUGAGAGGCCAGCACCCUCCCUCAAGGAGGAGGUGCUGCGAGUGAGAGGCCAGCACCCUCCCUCAAGGAGGAGGUGCUGCGACACCCUCCCUCAAGGAGGAGGUGCUGCGAGUGAGAGGCCAGCACCCUCCCUCAAGGAGGAGGUGCUGCGAGUGAGAGGCCAGCACCCUCCCUCAAGGAGGAGGUGCUGCGACACCCUCCCUCAAGGAGGAGGUGCUGCGAGUGAGAGGCCAGCACCCUCCCUCAAGGAGGAGGUGCUGCGAGUGAGAGGCCAGCACCCUCCCUCAAGGAGGAGGUGCUGCGACACCCUCCCUCAAGGAGGAGGUGCUGCGAGUGAGAGGCCAGCACCCUCCCUCAAGGAGGAGGUGCUGCGAGUGAGAGGCCAGCACCCUCCCUCAAGGAGGAGGUGCUGCGACACCCUCCCUCAAGGAGGAGGUGCUGCGAGUGAGAGGCCAGCACCCUCCCUCAAGGAGGAGGUGCUGCGAGUGAGAGGCCAGCACCCUCCCUCAAGGAGGAGGUGCUGCGACACCCUCCCUCAAGGAGGAGGUGCUGCGAGUGAGAGGCCAGCACCCUCCCUCAAGGAGGAGGUGCUGCGAGUGAGAGGCCAGCACCCUCCCUCAAGGAGGAGGUGCUGCGACACCCUCCCUCAAGGAGGAGGUGCUGCGAGUGAGAGGCCAGCACCCUCCCUCAAGGAGGAGGUGCUGCGAGUGAGAGGCCAGCACCCUCCCUCAAGGAGGAGGUGCUGCGACACCCUCCCUCAAGGAGGAGGUGCUGCGAGUGAGAGGCCAGCACCCUCCCUCAAGGAGGAGGUGCUGCGAGUGAGAGGCCAGCACCCUCCCUCAAGGAGGAGGUGCUGCGACACCCUCCCUCAAGGAGGAGGUGCUGCGAGUGAGAGGCCAGCACCCUCCCUCAAGGAGGAGGUGCUGCGAGUGAGAGGCCAGCACCCUCCCUCAAGGAGGAGGUGCUGCGACACCCUCCCUCAAGGAGGAGGUGCUGCGAGUGAGAGGCCAGCACCCUCCCUCAAGGAGGAGGUGCUGCGAGUGAGAGGCCAGCACCCUCCCUCAAGGAGGAGGUGCUGCGACACCCUCCCUCAAGGAGGAGGUGCUGCGAGUGAGAGGCCAGCACCCUCCCUCAAGGAGGAGGUGCUGCGAGUGAGAGGCCAGCACCCUCCCUCAAGGAGGAGGUGCUGCGACACCCUCCCUCAAGGAGGAGGUGCUGCGAGUGAGAGGCCAGCACCCUCCCUCAAGGAGGAGGUGCUGCGAGUGAGAGGCCAGCACCCUCCCUCAAGGAGGAGGUGCUGCGACACCCUCCCUCAAGGAGGAGGUGCUGCGAGUGAGAGGCCAGCACCCUCCCUCAAGGAGGAGGUGCUGCGAGUGAGAGGCCAGCACCCUCCCUCAAGGAGGAGGUGCUGCGACACCCUCCCUCAAGGAGGAGGUGCUGCGAGUGAGAGGCCAGCACCCUCCCUCAAGGAGGAGGUGCUGCGAGUGAGAGGCCAGCACCCUCCCUCAAGGAGGAGGUGCUGCGACACCCUCCCUCAAGGAGGAGGUGCUGCGAGUGAGAGGCCAGCACCCUCCCUCAAGGAGGAGGUGCUGCGAGUGAGAGGCCAGCACCCUCCCUCAAGGAGGAGGUGCUGCGACACCCUCCCUCAAGGAGGAGGUGCUGCGAGUGAGAGGCCAGCACCCUCCCUCAAGGAGGAGGUGCUGCGAGUGAGAGGCCAGCACCCUCCCUCAAGGAGGAGGUGCUGCGACACCCUCCCUCAAGGAGGAGGUGCUGCGAGUGAGAGGCCAGCACCCUCCCUCAAGGAGGAGGUGCUGCGAGUGAGAGGCCAGCACCCUCCCUCAAGGAGGAGGUGCUGCGACACCCUCCCUCAAGGAGGAGGUGCUGCGAGUGAGAGGCCAGCACCCUCCCUCAAGGAGGAGGUGCUGCGAGUGAGAGGCCAGCACCCUCCCUCAAGGAGGAGGUGCUGCGACACCCUCCCUCAAGGAGGAGGUGCUGCGAGUGAGAGGCCAGCACCCUCCCUCAAGGAGGAGGUGCUGCGAGUGAGAGGCCAGCACCCUCCCUCAAGGAGGAGGUGCUGCGACACCCUCCCUCAAGGAGGAGGUGCUGCGAGUGAGAGGCCAGCACCCUCCCUCAAGGAGGAGGUGCUGCGAGUGAGAGGCCAGCACCCUCCCUCAAGGAGGAGGUGCUGCGACACCCUCCCUCAAGGAGGAGGUGCUGCGAGUGAGAGGCCAGCACCCUCCCUCAAGGAGGAGGUGCUGCGAGUGAGAGGCCAGCACCCUCCCUCAAGGAGGAGGUGCUGCGACACCCUCCCUCAAGGAGGAGGUGCUGCGAGUGAGAGGCCAGCACCCUCCCUCAAGGAGGAGGUGCUGCGAGUGAGAGGCCAGCACCCUCCCUCAAGGAGGAGGUGCUGCGACACCCUCCCUCAAGGAGGAGGUGCUGCGAGUGAGAGGCCAGCACCCUCCCUCAAGGAGGAGGUGCUGCGAGUGAGAGGCCAGCACCCUCCCUCAAGGAGGAGGUGCUGCGACACCCUCCCUCAAGGAGGAGGUGCUGCGAGUGAGAGGCCAGCACCCUCCCUCAAGGAGGAGGUGCUGCGAGUGAGAGGCCAGCACCCUCCCUCAAGGAGGAGGUGCUGCGACACCCUCCCUCAAGGAGGAGGUGCUGCGAGUGAGAGGCCAGCACCCUCCCUCAAGGAGGAGGUGCUGCGAGUGAGAGGCCAGCACCCUCCCUCAAGGAGGAGGUGCUGCGACACCCUCCCUCAAGGAGGAGGUGCUGCGAGUGAGAGGCCAGCACCCUCCCUCAAGGAGGAGGUGCUGCGAGUGAGAGGCCAGCACCCUCCCUCAAGGAGGAGGUGCUGCGACACCCUCCCUCAAGGAGGAGGUGCUGCGAGUGAGAGGCCAGCACCCUCCCUCAAGGAGGAGGUGCUGCGAGUGAGAGGCCAGCACCCUCCCUCAAGGAGGAGGUGCUGCGACACCCUCCCUCAAGGAGGAGGUGCUGCGAGUGAGAGGCCAGCACCCUCCCUCAAGGAGGAGGUGCUGCGAGUGAGAGGCCAGCACCCUCCCUCAAGGAGGAGGUGCUGCGACACCCUCCCUCAAGGAGGAGGUGCUGCGAGUGAGAGGCCAGCACCCUCCCUCAAGGAGGAGGUGCUGCGAGUGAGAGGCCAGCACCCUCCCUCAAGGAGGAGGUGCUGCGACACCCUCCCUCAAGGAGGAGGUGCUGCGAGUGAGAGGCCAGCACCCUCCCUCAAGGAGGAGGUGCUGCGAGUGAGAGGCCAGCACCCUCCCUCAAGGAGGAGGUGCUGCGACACCCUCCCUCAAGGAGGAGGUGCUGCGAGUGAGAGGCCAGCACCCUCCCUCAAGGAGGAGGUGCUGCGAGUGAGAGGCCAGCACCCUCCCUCAAGGAGGAGGUGCUGCGACACCCUCCCUCAAGGAGGAGGUGCUGCGAGUGAGAGGCCAGCACCCUCCCUCAAGGAGGAGGUGCUGCGAGUGAGAGGCCAGCACCCUCCCUCAAGGAGGAGGUGCUGCGACACCCUCCCUCAAGGAGGAGGUGCUGCGAGUGAGAGGCCAGCACCCUCCCUCAAGGAGGAGGUGCUGCGAGUGAGAGGCCAGCACCCUCCCUCAAGGAGGAGGUGCUGCGACACCCUCCCUCAAGGAGGAGGUGCUGCGAGUGAGAGGCCAGCACCCUCCCUCAAGGAGGAGGUGCUGCGAGUGAGAGGCCAGCACCCUCCCUCAAGGAGGAGGUGCUGCGACACCCUCCCUCAAGGAGGAGGUGCUGCGAGUGAGAGGCCAGCACCCUCCCUCAAGGAGGAGGUGCUGCGAGUGAGAGGCCAGCACCCUCCCUCAAGGAGGAGGUGCUGCGACACCCUCCCUCAAGGAGGAGGUGCUGCGAGUGAGAGGCCAGCACCCUCCCUCAAGGAGGAGGUGCUGCGAGUGAGAGGCCAGCACCCUCCCUCAAGGAGGAGGUGCUGCGACACCCUCCCUCAAGGAGGAGGUGCUGCGAGUGAGAGGCCAGCACCCUCCCUCAAGGAGGAGGUGCUGCGAGCCAGCACCCUCCCUCAAGGAGGAGGUGCUGCGAGUGAGAGGCCAGCACCCUCCCUCAAGGAGGAGGUGCUGCGAGUGAGAGGCCAGCACCCUCCCUCAAGGAGGAGGUGCUGCGACACCCUCCCUCAAGGAGGAGGUGCUGCGAGUGAGAGGCCAGCACCCUCCCUCAAGGAGGAGGUGCUGCGAGUGAGAGGCCAGCACCCUCCCUCAAGGAGGAGGUGCUGCGACACCCUCCCUCAAGGAGGAGGUGCUGCGAGUGAGAGGCCAGCACCCUCCCUCAAGGAGGAGGUGCUGCGAGUGAGAGGCCAGCACCCUCCCUCAAGGAGGAGGUGCUGCGACACCCUCCCUCAAGGAGGAGGUGCUGCGAGUGAGAGGCCAGCACCCUCCCUCAAGGAGGAGGUGCUGCGAGUGAGAGGCCAGCACCCUCCCUCAAGGAGGAGGUGCUGCGA